AUGGAGAAGACCUACUCGCUGACAGCCCACUAUGAUGAGUUUCAGGAGGUGAAGUAUGUGAGCAAGUACCAGAGUGGCACCCUGCCCAAUGGCUUCACCCUACAGCUGGGCACCGGGGCCAAGAAACGUCGUGGGGGGCUGCCGCGCUGGAGCCGCCGGGAGGUCUGCCUGCUCUCGGGGCUGGUGUUCGCCGCUGGGCUCUGUGUCAUCUUAACGUGCAUGUUAGUUCUCAAGUACCUGGCAGCUGAAGGGGACAGCUACUGCCUGGAGGGGUGCCAGGAGAAGAAGGCCUUCCUACGGGCAUCCCGAUUCCUCAGCGCCAACAUGGAUGCCACCAUCGACCCCUGCCAGGACUUUUAUUCCUUUGCCUGUGGUGGCUGGCUCCGGCGACACGGCAUCCCGGAGGACAAGCUGGUGUACGGCACCAUCGGGGCCAUUGCAGAGCAAAAUGAAGCCAAGCUGCAGGCGCUGCUGAGCAGCCCUGUGAGGCGCCGAGCCCCUGCCUCGGCCGAGAGGAAGGUCAAGGAGUUUUUCCGCUCAUGCCUGGACCGAGCUGAGAUUGACCGGCUGGGUCCGCGGCCCAUGCUGGAGGUCAUCGGGGAGUGUGGUGGCUGGGAUGCCCCUCCGGGCCGUGGAGACAUCAAUGAGCUGCUCUACAAGACGCAGGGAGUCUACAGUGCUGCGGUGCUCUUCUCCCUUACUGUCAGCCUGGAUGAGAGGAACACCUCCCGCUAUGUCAUCCGGAUCGACCAGGAUGGGCUAACUCUGCCUGAACGGACCCUCUACCUGGGGCAGGAUGAGGAGAGUGAGAAGAUCCUGGCUGCAUACCGGGUGUUCAUGGAGCGGUUGCUCACCCUCCUGGGGGCUGAGCACGUGGAGCAGAAGGCUCAGGAGAUCCUGCAGCUGGAGCAGCACCUUGCCAAUAUCACAGUGUCUGAGUAUGACGAUGUGAGGAGGGAUGUCAGCAGCAUGUACCACAAAGUGACCCUGGGUGAGCUGCAGCGUAUCACCCCCACGCUCAAGUGGAAGCGCUUGCUGGACCGCAUCUUCAAUGACAACUUCUCAGAGGAGGAGGAGGUGGUGCUGCUGGCCACCGACUAUAUGCACAAGGUGUCUGACCUCAUCCGCGUGACGCCCACCAGGAUUCUUCACAACUACAUGCUGUGGCGCAUCGUGGUGGUGCUGAGUGAGCACCUCUCCACCCCCUUCCGCGAUGCCAUCCAUGAGCUCUCCAAGGAGAUGGAGGGCAAUGAGAAGCAGCUUGAGCCAGGCAAGGUCUGCCUGAGCCAGGCUAACAAGCACUUCGGCAUGGCCCUGGGCGCCCUUUUCGUCGAGGAGCACUUCUCCUCCGCCAGCAAAGCCAAGGUACAGCAGCUGGUGGAGGACAUUAAAUACAUCCUGGAUCAGCGCAUGGAUGAGCUGGACUGGAUGGAUGAGGAAACACGGCGAGCAGCCAGAGCCAAGCUCCGGUACAUGAUGGUGAUGAUCGGGUACCCCGAUUUCCUAUUGAAACCAGAGGCCAUCGACAAGGAGUAUGAGUUUGACGUGGAUGAGAAGACCUACUUCAAGAACAUCCUCAACAGCAUUGCCUUCGGCAUCAGGCUCUCAGUGAAGAGGAUCCGGCAGGAGGUGGACAAGUCCGCGUGGCUGCUGCCUCCCCAGGCGUUGAACGCGUAUUACCUGCCCAACAAGAACCAGAUGGUGUUCCCCGCUGGCAUCCUGCAGCCCACCCUCUACGACCCUGAGUUCCCGCAGUCACUGAACUAUGGUGGGAUCGGCACCAUCAUCGGGCACGAGCUGACCCAUGGCUACGAUGACUGGGGGGGACAGUAUGACCGGCACGGGAACCUGGUGCACUGGUGGACAGAGCAGUCGUACAGCAAGUUCCUGAAGAAGGCACAGUGCAUUGUAAACCUCUACGACAACUUCACUGUCUACAAUCAGAGGGUGAAUGGCAAACACACACUGGGGGAGAACAUUGCUGACAUGGGGGGGCUUAAACUCGCCUACUACGCCUACCAGAAGUGGGUGCGGGAGCAUGGCCCAGAGCACCCCCUGCACCACCUGAAAUACACACACGACCAGCUCUUCUUCAUUGCCUUUGCCCAGAACUGGUGCAUCAAGCGGCGAUCCCAGUCCAUCUACCUCCAGGUGCUGACAGACAAACAUGCCCCAGAGCAUUACAGGGUCCUGGGCAGUGUCUCUCAGUUUGAGGAGUUUGGACGUGUUUUCCACUGCCCCAAAAACUCACCCAUGAACCCGGCGCACAAGUGCUCAGUGUGGUGAGGCCAAUCCCCCCUCGAAGGCUGGCAUCCCCCAUCCCCAUCCCUGCUGCAG